AUGAAUGAUGAACAAAAACACAAUAACAACACUUUUGUAGCUACUAUCACCAAUGCAAUUGAUAAUGGAUUGGGCAAUACACCUCAAUUAGGUUGGAAUAGUUGGAACUACUUUGGAUGUGAUAUUAAUGAGACUGUCAUCAUGCAAACAGCCAAGGCUAUGGCCACUAAUGGAAUGUUAGAGGCUGGUUAUCGUUAUAUUAACAUUGAUGAUUGUUGGGCAGUAUCAAGAAACUCAAGUGGAGUGGUACAGGCAGAUCCCAUUAAAUUCCCACAAGGUAUUGCUUACAUUGCCGAUUAUGUUCACUCUCUUGGAUUAAAGCUUGGUAUUUACACUGAUGCUGGUACUGCUACCUGUCAAGGUCGUCCAGGUUCCUAUGGUUAUGAACAAAUUGAUGCUGAAACUUAUGCUUCCUGGGGUAUUGAUUACUUGAAAGAAGAUUGGUGUAAUACUCAAGGUGAUGAUCAAUUGGAAAGAUAUACAAUCAUGUCAAAGGCAUUAAACUCUACUGGUAGACCAAUCUUUUUCAGUCUCUGUUGUUGGGGUACUGCCAACGUAUGGGAAUGGGGUGCCAGUGUUGGUAACAGUUGGAGAACCACUGGAGACAUCAAGGAUAAUUGGGCUUCGAUGCUUAGCAAUCUCGACCAACAAAUCCCAAUAUCUUCAUUCUCUCAAGUUGGUGGUUGGAAUGAUCCAGAUAUGCUUGAAGUUGGUAAUGGAGGUAUGACAACAACCGAAUAUAUUUCACAUUUCUCUUUAUGGAGUAUUCUCAAUGCUCCAUUGAUUGCUGGUAAUGAUCUUAGAACAAUUGAUCAGACUACAUUGUCUAUUCUCACGGCACCAGAGGUCAUAGCUAUUAAUCAGGAUAGUUUAGGAAAGCAAGGAGCCUUGGUUCGUUCAUACAAUGGUGGUCUCCAACAAGUAUGGGCACGUCCACUUGCCGAUGGCAGCAAGGCUGUCGUAUUGUUCAACACUGACACUAACAGUGCAGACAUUGAGUUGCAGUGGGCAGAUAUCUGGGUGCAAGAGGGUACUCAGCUCACUGUCCGUGACCUAUGGCAACAAUCCGACAUUGGUACCUAUUCAGAUUCCUAUGUCGCCUAUAACGUCGAAUCACAUGGUUGUGUAAUGUUAAGGGUCUGUUAA